AUGCGUCCUAAUCACGCUGCCCCAACGGAUGCAAACUUGAGUUUCAUCUCACUUGAGUAUCCUUACGAGGAACUGCGGCGGGCGACCAAUAACUUUUCUCAAGACAACGUCCUCGGUACUGGUACCUACGGAUGUGUUUACCGUGGCCAACUCAAAGACGGCACUGAGGUUGCAGUCAAGGUGCUGCAAGCGCCGAAGGAGUCAGGUUUCAAAGAGGAGGUUAAAGUUCUGUCUAAGUUCCGACACGCCAACCUAGUCAUUCUGAUGGGAUUUGCCCGGAACGGCCAUGAACGGUGUCUCGUCUACGAGCUUCUCUCUGGCGGUGAUGUAUCAAGUCGCCUACAACCUUCUGGUCACCCCUCGUUCAACUGGUAUCAGCGGCUCAACGUCGCCUUGGAUGCUGCCUUAGGACUAAGUCAUCUACACAACGCAACACCGCGGGUCUUUCAUCGGGACAUCAAGACCCAGAACAUCCUCCUCGAUAGGAACGGCUCAGCCAAGGUUGCAGACUUCGGUCUUGCGUGUCUCGCCGAGCAUCGCUCACUGGGCCACUUCAAGGUCCAGCAGUGCUCAGGAACUAUCGGCUACGCUGAUCCAGCGUACAUCAACACCUCGGUGGUAACUGAGAAGACCGAAGUCUACAGCUUCGGCAUGGUAUUGAUUGAGCUCUUGACGGCUCGGCCCCCUGCAGUUCAGGAUCCCUCAACGGGACAGAUACUUUACAACUUUCAGAAUGUAUUCAUGUCAUCCGAGUACGUCGUUCGUACUCUCACCAGUGCGUCGAUCAACUAUCUCGUGGAGGCGUUGCUGAUACUCCGUCGAGCAGGUGAGGGUAACUCAUGUGGCUAUGACGAUCUCGUUGAUAAAACCGAUAACAAACGCUUCAGUACUCUAGUAACAAACGUUGGGUGA